AUGUCUCGCUUCCUGCAAGAAGCGAGGGGGCGGGUGGAGUUUCACCAGGCGUCGCUCCCUCACUUUGCAGAUAGCGAUAAACCAGACGCCAUCCUGAACUUCGGGCAGAGCCUGGAAGCCCUCAUCGGCGCCGUUGGCCAGAUCUCCACCACAGAAGGCGCUGACUUCAUGCGUUUGAUAGGCCCCAUCGAGCUCUCCGAUGACGCGCGCCGCCCCGUCGCGCGGGCCGAGUGCAACACGUUCUACAACUACCUCCCAAGCGAACUCUGGGGCGCCUUGGCGGACCAAGCUUCGCAGUACUCUAUCGUGAUCAGCACCGUGGCGAGGCUGCGCGAGCGGCUCGGGAUGGUGCACCUCAACGAGACCUCCUACACCCACAUUGCGUCCUGCUUGUACCUUGGCGCCCGCUUCGUUAACGUGGACGCGCUGUCGCCAACGGACAGGCAAUGCCAUUGGAAGAUCAAGGAGGAUCUCAAAACCAACGUCCGUGCACUGCGUGGCCGGCAGAAGCGGCCACAUUGGGGUAAGGUCAUGGCGUGCCCGAAUCAAAUGUUGGAGUUGCAGCAGCAGAACCCCGAGAUCUGGAACCUC